AGAGAGUGAGAAACCUCUCCAAAGGGCAAAAACACGUUAUAUUCCUCCAUUCAAUCCAAGCAAACCUGAAAAAAAAUUUGCCAAUGGCUUCUCUUGUAGGCACUUUGCAUGCAAGCUUUAACAACCGACUUGCCCCUUUAACAUCAACAACUCCUACUCCUUCACUAGCUUCUUCUUUUGUAAACUCCACAAAAACCCAAGUCCCAAAAGUGUUUCUAAAGUCCAGGUUUUUAGGCAAAAAUGUCAACUUUGUUGAGAUUAGAAGGAAAACAAAGUUCCCUUUGAGCCAUGGUGGCUCUUCAAUUAGGAUGUCAUGGGAUGGCCCACUUUCAUCUGUCAAAUUAAUCAUUCAAGGCAAACACUUGGAGCUAUCUGAUACCGUGAAGAAACACGUGGAAGACAAAGUAGGGAAGGCAGUUCAAAAAAGUAGUCAUCUUGUAAGGGGAGUUGAUGUAAGGUUGUCUGUUAGAGGUGGAGAGUUGGGGAAAGGUCCAAAGAUUAGAAGAUGCGAGGUGACUUUGUUCACAAAGAGGCAUGGAGUGGUGAGAGCGGAGGAGGAUGCAGAGACAAUCUAUGCAAGUAUUGAUUUGGUGUCGUCUAUUAUUCAAAGAAAGUUGAGGAAGAUCAAGGACAAGGAGUCUGAUCAUGGUAGACACAUGAAAGGGUUUAAUAGGUUGAAGGUUAGGGAGCCAAUGCAUCAAGUUGUGGAGGAUGAUGCAGAUGAAGUUUCACAGCAAGAAGAUGAGGACUAUAUUGAAGAGGUUGUUCGCACGAAGUAUUUUGACAUGCCACCCUUGACUGUUUCGGAAGCUAUUGAGCAGCUGGAACAUGUGCAUCAUGAUUUCUAUGGUUUCAGGGAUGAAGAAACUGGUGAGAUAAAUAUCAUUUACAAAAGAAAAGCUGGAGGAUAUGGUCUCAUCAUACCUAAAGGAAAUGGCGAAGCUGAGAGAUUAGAGCCUUUGGUGGUGGAACCAGCCAGAGAACCAUCCUUGGCUGAAUAACCAGACCUCGAAAAGAAGAUCUUCCAGUGAAACAGAUUAGAAAACCCUCGUUUUUGGUAAUGUUGUGUACAUACUGCUAAGGCUUCUGAGAGAGCAUGAUACUAGUGUCCGAGAUCUUGUAAAUGCACAUUAAUGACAAGUAGUGACAUGGUUGUACUGGUUAUUUGUUUUUGAAAUAUGAGUUUCAGUGUGUUUUAUCCCA